AUGACGAGGUUUCCACAUGUGGAUGCCAAGAAUGAGUCACCGAGAAGGCGCAGAGGAGGCUACGCCCAGGAGGAGCAGCUGAAGGAAGAGGAAGAAAUAAAAGAAGAGGAGGAGGAGGAGGAGGACAGUGGCUCAGUAGCUCAGCUUCAGAUCAGCAAUGACACAGGGACAGACGAGGAGCUAGAAACAGGCCCAGAGCAGAAAGGCUACUUCAGCUGCCAGAACUCUCCCGGGAGCCACCUGUCCAACCAGGAUGCCGAGAGCGAGUCUCUGCUGAGCGAUGCCAGUGACCAGGUGUCCGACAUCAAGAGCGUCUGCGGCCGAGAUGCCUCGGACAAGAAGGCGAACCCUCACCCCGAGCUUCCGAACAAAGCACACACCUGCAUGGAUAAAAUGACGGCCGUCUAUGCCAACAUCCUGUCCGAUUCCUACUGGUCAGGCCUGGGUCUCGGCUUCAAGCUCUCCAACAGCGAGAGGAGGAACUGUGACACCCGAAAUGGCAGCAACAAGGGCGACUUUGACUGGCACCAAGACGCGCUGUCCAAAAGCCUGCAGCAGAACCUGCCUUCCAGGUCCGUGUCAAAACCCAGCCUCUUCAGCUCGGUGCAGCUGUAUCGUCAGAGCAGCAAGAUGUGCGGGACGGUGUUCACGGGGGCCAGCAGGUUCCGCUGUCGGCAGUGCAGUGCUGCCUAUGACACUUUGGUGGAGCUCACCGUGCACAUGAAUGAAACGGGCCACUACCAGGACGACAACCGCAAAAAGGACAAGCUCAGACCCACGAGCUACUCAAAGCCCCGGAAAAGGGCCUUCCAGGAUAUGGACAAGGAGGAUGCUCAAAAGGUUCUGAAAUGCAUGUUCUGUGGGGACUCCUUCGAUUCUCUCCAAGAUCUGAGCGUCCAUAUGAUCAAAACAAAGCAUUACCAAAAAGUGCCUUUGAAGGAGCCAGUCCCAACCAUUUCAUCGAAAAUGGUCACUUCAGCGAAGAAGCGUGUGUUUGAUGUCAAUCGGCCUUGUUCCCCAGAUUCAACCACUGGAUCGUUUGCAGAUUCUUUUCCUUCUCAGAAGAAUGCCAACUUGCAGCUGUCCUCCAAUAACCGCUACGGCUACCAGAAUGGGGCCAGCUACACCUGGCAGUUUGAGGCCUGCAAGUCCCAGAUCUUAAAGUGCAUGGAGUGCGGAAGCUCCCACGACACUCUGCAGCAGCUCACCACGCACAUGAUGGUGACCGGCCACUUUCUCAAGGUCACCAGCUCCGCCUCCAAGAAAGGGAAGCAGCUGGUGUUAGACCCCGUGGCAGUGGAGAAGAUGCAGUCAUUGUCAGAGACCCCAAGCAAUGAUUGUCUGGCUCCCAAGCCAUCGAGCAACUCUGCAUCUGACUGUACCGCCUCUACCACUGAGCUAAAGAGAGAGAGCAAAAAAGAGAGAUCGGAGGGAACCAACAACGAAGAAAAAGUCGUGAAAAGUGAGGAGUAUGAAGACCCCCUGCAAAAACCUUUAGAUCCUACCACAAAAUACCAGUAUCUAAGGGAGGAGGACUUAGAAGAUGGCUCCAAAGGUGGAGGGGACAUUUUGAAGUCACUCGAAAAUACUGUCACCACAGCCAUCAACAAAGCCCAAAAUGGCGCUCCCAGUUGGAGCGCCUACCCCAGCAUCCACGCAGCCUACCAGCUGUCAGAGGGCACCAAGCCACCUUUGCCCAUGGGAUCCCAGGUCCUGCAGAUUCGGCCUAAUCUCACCAACAAGUUAAGGCCAAUUGCACCGAAGUGGAAAGUGAUGCCACUCGUGUCUGUGCCCACCAACUUGGCCCCAUACACCCAAGUUAAGAAGGAGUCAGAAGACAAAGAUGAGGUGGUGAAGGACAAUGCGAAAGAAAGUGCCCAGGAGGAGGCAUCGUCAUUCAGCCACAGUGAGGGGGACUCUUUCUCCAAAAGUGAGCCACCCUUGGAACCCAGAAGGGCUGAGCCAUGUCCCCUGGAAGAGGAGGACAAGCCCACGAAAGAGAGCAGUGAGAAAGAGAAGCCACAGUCCUUGGAGCCAGUGUCUUCUCUUAGUAACGGCUGUGCCCUUGCCAACCACACCCCAGCCCUGCCAUGCAUCAACCCACUCAGCGCCCUGCAGUCUGUCCUGAACAAUCACCUGGGCAAGGCCACAGAGCCCUUGCGCUCUCCUUCCUGCUCCAGCCCAAGCUCAAGCACAAUUUCUCUGUUUCACAAAUCCAGUCUCAGUGCCAUGGACAAGCCGGUGCUGAGUCCGGCCUCCACGAGGCCAGCCAGUGUGUCCAGGCGCUUCCUGUUUGAGAACAACGACCAACCCAUCGACCUGACCAAGUCCAAAAGCAAGAAAGCCGAGUCCUCGCAAGCACAAUCCUGUACAUCCCCGCCUCAGAAGCACGCUCUGUCUGACAUCGCUGACAUGGUCAAAGUCCUCCCGAAAGCAACCACCCCCAAGCCCGCCACUUCCUCCAGGGUACCACCCAUGAAGCUGGAAAUGGAUGUGAGGCGCUUUGAGGAUGUGUCCAGCGAGGUCUCCACUUUGCAUAAAAGGAAAGGCCGGCAAUCCAACUGGAACCCUCAGCACCUUCUCAUUCUGCAAGCCCAGUUUGCCUCGAGCCUCUUCCAGACCUCUGAGGGCAAAUACCUGCUCUCCGACCUGGGCCCACAGGAGCGUAUGCAGAUCUCCAAGUUUACAGGACUCUCCAUGACCACGAUCAGCCACUGGCUGGCGAAUGUCAAGUACCAGCUUAGGAAAACAGGAGGGACAAAAUUUCUGAAAAACAUGGACAAGGGACACCCCAUCUUUUACUGCAGUGACUGUGCUUCCCAGUUCAGAACCCCGCCCACUUACAUCAGUCACCUUGAGUCUCACCUGGGCUUCCAAAUGAAGGACAUGACCCGCAUGGCCACGGACCAGCAAAGCAAGGUGGAGCAAGAGAUCUCCCGGGUGUCGUCGGCUCAGAGAUCUCCGGAAACAAUAGCUGGCGAAGAGGACACAGACUCUAAAUUCAAGUGUAAGUUGUGCUGUCGGACUUUUGUGAGCAAACAUGCGGUAAAACUCCACCUAAGCAAAACGCACAGCAAGUCACCUGAGCACCAUUCACAGUUUGUAACAGACGUGGAUGAAGAAUAGCUCCACAGGUAUGGGUUGGCUCCCAGGCGAUGGUGACAGCAGCCUUGUGAGGAGCUGGUUAAAAGGAGAUGGGUCUGCUUAGAGGCAGCUGGUGUCUCCCAAGGCCAAGCAGGACAGUAACUUGCUGCCGUAGACUUAUUUUUAUGAGAGACCAGAACAUGAUAAAAUAAGCCUAACUCUUCUUUCAAGUCCUCCAGUGUAGAGUGGGGCGCUAGAGUAAGAUGGAUUUAGAGAGAUGAAGUCCACAGAUGAUGUUGUGCCUAGGCCUCCGUGAUACACGAGUCCCUUAGUAUCCAAGACGCAACCUCCAGGGUCCAGCCCAGGCUCCCUUCACAGUAGUUAACAAGCACGAGCUUCUCUCCGCCAUUCCAUGUCACCACCCCUCCUGCCUUCCCUUAGCAAUGCUAAUGACUUUCGAAGUGGGAGGAAGGUGAAAACAGAUCAAAGAUGGGGCAGUUGCUAGGGGCAGUCACUAGACAGAGAUUUCUUAAUCAGCUCACAAAUAACUUAAAGUUGUCUUUAUUAUUGUUACGCGUAAUUAAUGCUUUUUGCAGCUUACUCUUUAGCAGUCGCUACCUUCCACUCCCUUCCCUUUAUUUCCUACAUUCAUUUUCCCUGUGACAGUGCACGUGUCCUUAAAGGGAUGGUAGAAAAACACUCUUCUCUGCGGGUCAUUAAAGCGGAAGGGAGAAGUCUGUUUUCUUCUCUCGUCUUUUGUUUUCUUUAGGGUAGACUAAGAUCAGAGUCCAUCUCUAGCAAAAAUAGGUGCGAUGCAUGCCCUUGAGAUUUUAUUUCACUUAAAGACACAAAUGGCUUUCUGCCUACCUAUGCUCCAAGCACAUGGGGUCCUACAGCUCUAAGACAGUUUGCAUCAUGUAUCACAGAAGUCCGUGGCUUGUGCAGGCACUGAUGCCCAACCAUGUCAGCUGCGGAUAAAAAGUCCCAGACCGAGGUCAAAUACCUUGGCAGAUUCUCACGCACUGAGCAUGAGGAAGGCUGGAUCAUAACAAGCACCUUUCAUCUCCUUUUGUGUAUUUCUUCGGCCUCCCUUUUGCUCCUCUCCAGCAUGACACCUGCACAUGCUCGUGAGCCUCGCACAGAGUCGAGUUGUCCUUCACCCGGGGCCUCACCACAGCAUGACCACCCAACAUGGACUGUUGUGCUUACCGGUCUAGUUCGUGUCAUGCUGCAGUGCCGAUCUGCUCUUAAUUAACGCACAGUAAGCUAGAGAAAGCUAGCGACAGCUUAAUAGAUAAGUGCUUGACACCCCCUAUUGUCCAACCCUUUACCACUAAGCAGUUGACUUUCUGACUGCAUCACACAGGUUUGGACACUAGGUGAGUCCCAGGGAGAGACGGGUAUUUGGGUGGCUUUGGGCUCACAUGGCUGAGCUAGUGAGGUUUUUCUGAGUGAGAAUGCCCAAAAAAUGAAACAAAAGAUUAAAAUAUCGAAUCUGGAACUCUUCCCUUAGUGAGAUCUAAGCUUCUGAUCUGGACCCAAAUGAAAACCAUAUUUUUUUUUUUGUUUGCAUGUCUUUAUCAUGAGAAUUAAAUGUUACUGGCAGAUUCAUCCCUCCGUUUCCAGCAUGAUUUGAUCAGCUCACCCCACUGAAUGAAAAGCCGAAAUAUACAUCCAUUGAAUUUACACACGAGCUUGGGCCUCUGCCACAGCCUAUUUAUUUGCUAUAGAACAUUUUAAAUUUUAUGUAACUUGCUAUUAUGCUUUUUGGGUGCUUUUUUUAAAAAAGGUGGACAUAAAUAGAAUACCUUUAAAAAGAAUGAUGUUUCAAAUCCGAUAGUAGUGAAUCCAAACCAUGGUAAAGAAGACAAAUAGGUAAUGUUUAUUUUGUGCUAUAAUAAAGACCAAUUUUC